GCUCGCGCCGGACGCUGCUGCAGCAGUUGCAGCAGCUCCAGCAGCUGCAGAGGCAGCCGUCGCUGCAUCAUCGGCACCACCCGCCGCAUCCAAGAAGGACCUGAGCCCCGGAUUUUUUUGGGGGGGGGCUGCAAGGGAGGGGACCCCCCCCCCAACCUCCCUGCAACCUCCUUUGGAGUUGUCCACCCCUCCUUUUGGGGGCUGUCUUUAAAGCCCCCCCCUCCCUCCCUCGGGUCCUGAUGCCGAGGCAUGAAUAGAGGGGGGCUCCGAGCGGCGGGGAUGGGGGAGAGGAAGGACGGGGAGCCGGCGGCUGCUGGGGGGUCCGGAGGGGGGUCCGGAGCGGCCGGCCGGGCUCUGCAGCAGUGCGCCCAGCUGCAGAAGCUCAUUGACAUCUCCAUCGGCAGCCUGCGGGGGCUGCGCACCAAGUGCGCUGUGUCCAACGAUCUGACCCAGCAGGAGAUCAGGACCCUGGAGGCAAAACUGGUUCGGUACAUUAGCAAGCAGCGGCAAUGCAAGCUCAGCGUGUCUCCCAGGGAAAGGACGGCAGAACUCAACAGCUACCCGAGGUUCAGCGACUGGCUGGACACCUGUGACCUGACGACUCAGGUGGUCCAGAAGAUCCCCCAGGAGCUCACGCUGGAUGCCUUGCUGGAGAUGAACGAGUCCAAGCUGAAGGAGACUCUGAAGCGAUGCGGAGCCAGCGCCGAGGAGUGCAGCCGCAUUCACUCCACUUUCGCCUGCUUCCGGAAGGUGACCAGCUUAGCAGGCGCGGCGGACCUGAAGGAUGACGUGUGCCUUCCGGCAGACCCACGCAGGGAAGGCGGCACCUCCAACCCCGCGGACGCCCCGGGCCCCGCCGGCGUGGCCGCCGUGGGCUGGACCUCGGGAGCCCCCCACCUCUGCAAAGCCGGCAGCGGGCCGCAGACGCGCUCUGUCUCGGUGUCGGCCUUUCCGCCGGCAGAGGCCUACCCCGAGGGCCUCCCCGACGCGUUGGCCACGCAGCCCCCCUGCGGCCGGCUGACACCCCGGACUGCGCUCGGCUCCCCGGUCACGCCCCCCACCACGCCGCAGCUGCGCAGGCAGUUCAAGCUGAAGCCCCCCCGGACCCCGCCCCCUCCGAGCCGCAAGGUUUUCCAGCUGCUUCCCAACUUCCCGACCCUCACCAGGAGCAAGUCGCACGAAUCUCAGCUCGGCAACAGGAUCGACGAGUCCCCCGCCGCCAAGUUCGAUAUUCCCCAAGGAUCCCCCCAGAUGGUACGAAGAGACAUUGGCCUCUCGGUAACCCACAGGUUCUCCACCAAGUCUUGGCUGUCCCAGGUCUGCCACGUGUGUCAGAAGAGUAUGAUGUUUGGGGUGAAGUGCAAGCAUUGCAGAUUAAAGUGUCAUAAUAAAUGCACAAAAGAAGCCCCAGCCUGCAGAAUAUCAUUCCUGCCCUUACCCAAACUCAGGAGGACGGAAUCUGUACCUUCAGACAUCAAUAACCCAGUGGACAGGUCUGGUGAACCCCAUUUUGGAACCCUUCCCAAAGCCCUCACAAAAAAGGAACACCCGCCUGCCAUAAACCACUUGGACUCCAGCAGCAACCCAUCGUCUACCACCUCCUCCACCCCGUCUUCUCCAGCCCCAUUCCACUCCUCCAACCCCUCCAGUGCCACAACGCCCCCCAACCCCUCGCCGAUGACCCAGCGAGACAGCAGGUUUAAUUUUCCAGCUGCCUACUACAUUCAUCAUAGACAACAGUUUAUCUUCCCAGAAAUUUCCAUCCCACCCCAAGUGACACAGCCCCCCAACCCAGCUGACGACCUCCGUGCCAAUGACCAGCCGAAAGCAGAAGCGGCUGAAGAGCACGAAGCAGAAACGGAGGAACAGGAGGCCGCGAAGUCAGAGCCGGAGGACGACGAGGAUGAGGUCGAGGACCUGCCGAACUCGCGGCCGCCAUGGAAGGGGACCAUCUCCCGCAAAGCCAGCCAGACCAGCGUCUACCUGCAGGAGUGGGACAUCCCCUUUGAGCAGGUGGAGCUGGGAGAGCCCAUUGGGCAGGGGCGGUGGGGGAAGGUGUACCGUGGCAAGUGGCACGGGGAGGUGGCCAUCCGCCUGUUGGAGGUAGACGGCCACAACCAGGACCACCUGAAGCUGUUCAAGAAGGAGGUGAUGAAUUAUCGGCAGACCCGCCACGAGAAUGUCGUGCUCUUCAUGGGGGCCUGCAUGAACCCCCCGCAUCUCGCCAUCAUCACCAGCUUCUGCAAAGGGCGGACACUGCACUCAUUUGUGAGGGAUCCCAAAACGGCCCUGGACAUUAACAAAACGAGACAGAUUGCUCAGGAGAUCAUCAAGGGAAUGGGGUAUUUGCAUGCCAAAGGCAUCGUGCACAAAGAUCUGAAAUCUAAGAACGUUUUCUACGACAAUGGCAAAGUGGUCAUCACGGACUUUGGGCUGUUUGGGAUCUCGGGUGUGGUGCAGGAAGGAAGGCGUGAGAAUCAACUGAAGCUGCCCCAUGAUUGGUUGUGCUAUCUGGCUCCCGAGAUAGUCCGGGAAAUGACUCCUGGCAAGGAUGAGGACAAAUUGCCAUUCUCUAAAGCAGCUGAUGUCUACGCAUUUGGAACGAUUUGGUUUGAACUCCAAGCGAGAGACUGGCCUUUCAAGAACCAAGCUGCUGAAGCCCUGAUAUGGCAGAUUGGAAGCUGGGAAGGAGUGAAGCAAGUUCUGGCUACAGUCAGCUUGGGGAAAGAAGUUAGUGAGAUCCUGUCGGCCUGUUGGGCUCUGGACCUCCAAGAGAGACCCAGCUUCACCCUGCUGAUGGAAAUGCUGGAGAAACUGCCUAAACUGAACCGGCGGCUUUCCCACCCAGGACACUUCUGGAAAUCAGCUGAGUUGUAGCUACUGGGCUGCCUUGCAUGUCCCCACAGGGGUUUUCUUCUAAUCGACAAACUUGGAGCAAUUACCUCUUCUAUUAAAUGCAAACUCAGAUUGUGCUCUAACUCGGGUGACGUAACCUGCACUUCUCUGAAUCCUUCCUCGUGACUCUGUUUUUCAGUUAUCCUUCCCUCUCUCUGUACGCUUGAGUAGCUCUUUUCUGUUGGGAAAUCGCUCUGCGCUAACCCCGAGGGAUUUUGGGUAUCUGGGACUCUCCUGGAUGUGAGUUAUUGAGGUGCUGUCCUGUCGCAUCCCUGGCACUUGGCCGCAACUGAGCACCACGAGCCCGAACUGUCUCAUUUGUAGUAGAUGGCGUUCGAGAAAAUCUUGGGCUAGAGAGGGCGAGCGUUGUCCGGCAGAGAAUGUGGUGAAUCCAGGCCCUUGCCAGAUACACAGUUCCUCCCAGAAUGGCCUGCAGUGCACUAUGAACUCUAGAGUGUGAGCUCGUUGUGGGCCGAGAAUGUGUCUAUUGUUAUACUGUAUUCUCCCAAGCGCUUACUACAGUGCUUUGCACACAGUAAGCUCUCAAUAAAUACGAUUGAAUAAAUGAAUCAGCUGCACCUCAUUUACAGAUUCACCAAAUGGGAGUUUUCCUAGUAGAUUUACCUCCGGUAUUUGCUGCUUUCCCCCACCUGGCCUAUGCGUGCUUUUCCGCUUGAAAAUCUGUCUUUCAAAGGGCAGCCCCUCUGUUGGUACAGUAUUCCAAUGCCAGACAGGUCAAAGGGACCACUCUAUGCCCAGAGUGCCACCUUUGAGCAGGGAGAAAGAUUGUCCCAAACUCAGAAGUGUUUGCUUCCUUUGCCCUCUUAUCAAUUGAGUGGACAGAGCUUGGCGUAGACUUGGUUCUGGGACCUGGUCGGUCAGUGCCUCCAGAAGUUAUCUUUUUGGACCCCCUACCCUCCCCUCUCCUCCCCCGGAUGGGUCUGCUGUAGUUGGAGAAGGCGGAGGACCAGGCCCAGAGGAAGGGCAGAAGAGUGGGGCCUGGCCACUGGAGCUAGCCCUCAUCUCCUGCCCUGUUGUCCAUUUCCUGGAUGAAUUGAGGAAUAGCCUUGCCAUAGAUCAUGGGCCUCAAUUACUCUUGGAUGGGUCUGGCUCCUGUGAGGGCUAACUUUGCUGGACUGUUGGGAAAAUGCAAACCCUCCUGGUUGGGAGUUUCUCCAAUGUAGAAGCAUCGGCAGAGAUGUAACUCUUUCUUUUUUCCUCUUUGCAGCAUUAACAGUAGCAAAGUUGUGACCCGAUUUGAAAGGUUUGGUUUGGGCAGCCUGGAGUCCAGUAACCCAAAGAUCUAGCCUGGUGUGCAGUUGUCUUAUGGCUGGUUUGGUGUGUGGGGGUGUGUGUGGGUGUUUAAAGAAAAAAAAGAAAAAAGACUUCCCGCAAACCACAGAACACCUUCCAGGAUGCCAACCAACAAGGAAAGCAAAGAAGGCGAAACCCUGAAGAUUUACCGACGUCAAUUAAAACUGAUUGAACAUGUGUGUUCUAGUGUUGGUUCCCGAGGUUGGGAGUUGUGCAAACCACCCCCCUCCCCACCCUCCCUGUGUUAUUUAAAAGCUGUUUACAUGUAUGUUUUUGUGAGUGACUUUGUAUUUGAUAAUAAUAAAGGUGACAAGAUUAUUGGACCUGAGCUCUGAGGCGGAUCUGGAAAUAGUGCGGUGCAUCAUUCCUGGCUCCCCCUCGGGUGUUUCUCAAGAUGCUCAGAAGCCAGGGCCAAUGGUAGAAAGGAGUUGGAAUCUGGGUACCUCUCCAGGAAUUGGGAAUUUCUUUAGGGUGUGGUCCCAGGAGGGUUUGGACUCUGUUCCUCACGGGCCUGGAGGCGGGAGGGCUGGAGGGAUUGGCGGCGGGCUGCCCAAAGCACAGUCGGUCGCUAACUCCCCUUUCCUGAGGGACCCCGGGAGGCUGGUGAAUCCAGAGAGCCGUUUGGCCUUCCAACUUGGUCAGUGACUCCGGAACCCAGGAGAUGCAACCGGGCUAUGAGACUUUGGCCCUGGCUUCAGAGGGGCCCUAGGGCUCCCCUGAUUUGGCAAGGAAGGCCCACUGUAGAACACUACAUAGUGCAGGCUCCUUGCCAUUGGCAUCCAAUGUCCUUGGCAUUAACAAGGGCUGGGGAUGGUUUAGGGAGGUUGAGGCACAGUGUGCCCCCACAGCCUAGGUCUCCCAAGGAAGGGAGGAACCAUCUAAGUGGAAACAGUUUUGGCCUUUCCACUGGGCCUUUUGGGAACCGUGAGGAUCCAUUCUCAGUUUUGUGGACUGUGUUUCCGUGGCACUGAGAACCUGGGGUGUUUGCAGAGAUCCAGUUCAUUUGGGGCCUGCCUCCCUUCUGGAUCACUGGAAGGCCUGAGUAUUUGGGUCUUCUGGCUGGAACUGGGGCAGAGAGGAUCCCAGUGUCUAAAGGGGAUUGGGAAGGAGCCAUAAAAUUUCAAAGGCAGGGGAGGACAGGAGAGAUUCCCAUCUGGGUUUUGAAGCAGCCAUCACAGCGGGGAGGGCCUGCUGGAGUGGGGAUGGAGAGGGUCCAGAUAAUACAGGCCCUUUCUAGUGGAGGCGGAACUGAAUUUGGAUCCAUUUUCUAGGAUUACCUCUGCCCUCACUAAGAGGAUCUAAAAUGGGAGGAAAAAUGGAAGCAAGCAGGAAAUGAUGUAGAGAAAGAAGGCAGGGAAAAAUUGUGAGGGUCAGGAAGAGUGAUCGUAGUCUAAAUCCUUGAGAGAUUUCUUCUCCAAGAACUUUCAGCUCAGCCCAAACUCCUCUCUGGACUUUGACCUAAAGCCCCUCAGCCUCGGUACUGAAAGAAUCAGGAGGUUCUGCCAACCGGUCUUCAGUAAUUUUACUUCCCAGAUACCUUUGAAGCCACCUAUGUCCUGCCUUGGUUCCCAUUCUCUUGAGUUUACCAAAUACUGUGCAGUACCAGACUCCCAACUAAUCCUUAGUUGGGAAGUCUAGAGUGGUAACAGCAGGACAGUGCCAGGGGCACGUGACAUGGAAGUUUUGUGCAAUGUGGGUUUUUUUUAAAAGUUGGGCCAAAGAAAUUUUGCCCCACUUGUCAGACGAGAAAGAUGUCCUGUGACCUGAACCCCGUGAUCUACCAUCCUCCUAUCACAACUUUUAAAGAGAUAUCCUGAAAGGCACCAAGCACUGUGGAAGACCAGUUGGCAGAAUUUCUAUGCACAGUUCCACAUGCUGGAAAUGGUUACUGUGCUCAGCCUUAAUUCUGAUGAGGCUGAGUUUUCUGCUCUGAACUUUUUGAACUCACUGAGUUGAAAUUACAAGGCUUCCAAGGUAGGCCCUGAAUUGUGUGUCUUUCUGUUCUUUGUGUGGUUUCAGUCUCCCCGUCUAGCCUGUAAGCUCGUUGUGGGCAGAGAAUGUAUCUGUUAUGUUGUCCUUUCCCAAGCCCUUAGUACAGUGCUCUGCACACAGUAAGCGCUCUAUAAAUACGAUUGACUGACAAGUGGCUUUUACCACAAGUUGAGUUCCUGAUCUGUAGCCUUUCAGGGCCUGAACCCACCAGUGAUGGUGAUGGAUCUGGAGGUGAGGCGGGGGCCAGAAAUCCCCUUAGCUUCCGUUGCUUAGCUGGGCUGACGGUAGGACCUGGUUUGCUGCCAUUAGCCCUUGGAGCUAUUUUGUCUCCCCUCUUUCUGAUCACAAUCAGUUUCCUGACCACUCCCAGAGCGAGAGCGGAUGGAGGCUGCAUCUGUCCGAAAGCCAAUCCGGCCAGUCCGUUUUGCUCAGCAAUGAACCCUUGAUGGCAGGGGCCGUUCUUGAGCAGAAUUGAAUGUAGCAUUUUCUAUUUGGGGUCUGGUCGGGCCACAGACAGUGCUGGCUAUCUGAGGCAGCGAUUCCUCACACAGAAGUCUUGAAUGUAAGGUAGUUUGGAGUUGGUUGCAGAGUGCUGCACCAAGGUACUUAAAUGCCCCAUCACCCCCCACUUCUGGCUUUUUUCCCCCUCCUUCUGCCAACUUAUAUUUUUUGUAGCAAAGGACCCUUUACUUGUCCCUUUCAUGUUUUAAAGUUACUGUGAAUCAAAGUGAGCAAAGCAACCCUUGCCAUCUCCGCUCCUCACGCCUGUCAGUCUUGGUCACGAAACAAUUGAAGGGUGGGAGUUUACUGUGAGUCUUAGCUGCACAAAACAGCCAACUCCAGCCCCUGAAAUGGGGUGCCGGGAUGGCCCUUCACCAUGCCGGCAGUUUUCAAGGUCGCCGUAACUGUGCGAUGGACCAGUGUUCACUGGGAGUGUAAGAGGCAGAAUUCAAAGCUGGGAGUUCCUCAAGACUUUCUCACUUGACGUAGCCGCCUACAAGGCAUAAAUUCAGUAGCCCAGUGCCCUCUUGCCGGCCAUCCUGAAGGAAAUUGGUUUGUGUUUCACCUCCCUUGUGUCUUGCACCCUGAUGAGUUGUUUUUCCUCAAAUGCCUUGGGCUUGUCAGAGGCAUCUGUUUUCUUUCUAAAUAUCUGUGAGGCCACCGAGUCAUUCUGCUGCAUCUGAUUCCUGUUUGUAACUUUUCCCCUCGUGCUAAUGGGAGGGAGUGACCGGCCCUCUAAGACUAUUGUUUUCAGAUGUGUAAAUGUGAAAUUGUUCUGGGGGCUGUACAAUACUGCUGUAUUAGCUAAGAUUGCACCGGAGUGUAUAAAUGGAGUCUCUGAUGGUAUGAUAAAUAUGGAACUGUUUUCUUUUUGAAUGUGAUGUAAAAUUUGUACAGUAAAAAUUUUUAUAUUUUCUAUCAACUGAGUUUGUCUUCCAGAAUUGCUAUUAAUUUAAUUAAAAUGGUUAGUAUUAACAAGUGUGCUGUAUUAGUUUAUGCAACUGGCAAGAGUGUGCUCUCUGCUCAUGAAAUUCUGGAUGUCUAGGGUUGUUUUCAGUGAAUAAAUUUUCUGCUCUCAGUAAAAGGAA